AUGAAGCUCCCCACCCUUGUCAUCGCGCUGGCAGUAGCGUUCUGCCUUGCAUCACCACUGGCACCACUGGCACCACUGGUGCCUCCUUCCACUCGCGGGGAAGUUGUCCACUCACUCUCACUUCCAGGCGUCCAAUUCCAUCGUGUCAACCCCAUGCCCUCUGUGUCCACUGGAAAGAAGGUCGAGCAUCACAUGGAACUCGUCCGUGUCCCCGAUCAGGAAAACACCAAGCGCCACCGUUCUGCGACGAGCCACCUCGGCCAGGUUCAGCGGGACCAUGGCGGGUUUGGCUAUGAAAAUGUGACCGUCGUCAAUGCAUACGCGGCCGAGUAUGCGGUCGAGGCAAGCUUCAACGGUAUUCCUAUGAAGGUGGUUGUUGACUCAGGCUCCGCAGAUACCUGGCUCCUAGGCUCUGGGUUCAUCUGCAAGGACUGGCUGAACAAGACACAGCCUGUCGCGGUCUGCUCAUUUGGUCCCUCGUUCCCUGGAAACGUUUCCGGCAAACCCAUUCCAAACCAGCACUUCGCAAUUCAAUACGGAGAUGGCGAGGCUGUUUCAGGCCGUAUGACAUACUUGGAUGUUGAAUUCGCGGGUAUCACGGUCGAGCAACAGGAGAUGGCAUUGGCCACUCAAGGCAUAUGGCAGGGCAACAACGUCACCUCGGGGGUACUUGGUCUCGCGUAUCCAUCCCUGACGAGUGCGUACUGGGGCAAUGAUCUCGGUGACCACAGCCAAUACAACUCCGCUCCCUACGAGCCUCUGUUUACGCGCAUGGUGUCCGAUGGCCUGAUAGAGGCUGUCUGGGUUAUUGCCAUGGAUAGGAACUCGACUACUGGGCUGAUCAGCAUGGGCGGUAUGCCACCUGUGGACAUCAGUGCGAGCCAUGUGGCGACGGCACAUCUCCUCAUCGCGAAUCUCAUCGGUAAGGACAUCACGGCCUCACAGCCCUCGUUCUACACCAUCGUCCCAGACGGCUUCCUGUUCGGACAAAGUACCUGGACAGACGAAUACCCCUGUGUUAUCGAUACUGGCACAACCCUGACCUACUUACCCAAAGAUCUGGCUGAUGCCGUGAACGCCGCGUUCGAUCCACCUGCUACGUACAUGUGGGAGUACGGUUCUUAUUUCACCGCCUGUGACGCCAUCCCGCCGCAGUUCGCAGUCAUCAUCGGCGGCAGCGACUUCAUCAUCAAUCCACAAGACAUGCUGAAUGAACAUGCAGUCGACACCGAGACCGGCCUCUGCCAGACUGGCAUUUCCUCAGGAGGUAGCGGACCUUUCAUACUGGGAAUGACGUUCCUGACCAACGUCGUUGUGGCCAUGAACAUUCAGCAGGCCACGAUUGAGUUCUACUCCCGCGAGUUUUACUGA